GUUGAUGCCGGCGCUAAAACCAAACCAAGCGGGGUCUCCAGAGCGCGGCAUGGAGGGGCUGGCCUAGCUGAGGACCGUGACCCGAUGUCUUCUGGCUGCGACGCCGGUCCUGCGUACACUGCGGGGCCGCAGCCGCGGGGCGGUGGGCGCCCGAGGGGCCGGGAGGCGAGCCGGGGCCCCCAGGAGGGUGUGGGCAUCGUGUCCUCAGCCAGCGUCCCCGAGGCUGCGCUCGGGCCAUGAUCAUUUGGUGAAGCUGCGCUGGGACAGUGCAGCCGACUUCUCGCGCUCUGAGGACCUGUGCGCGCUGCAGGGUUCGGUGCCUCUGCCCGCCAUGCGCGCUUCCCUGCGGAAGGCCCUGCUGGAGUUAAGGCCUCCGCGGGGUAGACUGGGUGCCGCUCCUGAGCACCCUCUGCCCCUGAUUUGUAUCUAGAGCUUCUUCCAGCCACGGCUUGGCGAGACAGGUUGUGGCAGAAAUAAAGUUUACAGAAGUUGUGUUCCUGCGAUAAGAAAUACAGAUGUGACCUUGCAGUUGUGUAAAGCUCUUAAUUGCUGUGUAAGUACGUCGGUGCGCUAAGGAACCUGGAGCUAAAUGGGCUAGUUCUGAGAGAGAGAGACUUAACUAUGUUAACAAAGGUCCAUCAGAAUUUCCUGUGACUGUGACAGUAGAGAGUCCUUCCUCCUCAGAAAAUGAAGAGGUCAAUGAGUCCUCAGAAAGUGUUCAGGAAGAGCCAGAGAAAAUCAGUUUGAAACAAGAAGCAUUGCCGGGACAAAGUUAUCACUUGAAAGCUAUAGAGAAGAUUAUUUUUCAAACGGAAGCCUGAUUGCAAUACGGCAGAGCUUGUAUGUGCUGUAUUCAUUUCCUUCACGAGUAGACCAGGAGAUUGUAUUUCUAGUAGUAAUGAUAGACACUGGGGAAGACCAAGAAAUUUACACACUGGGACCACAGAAUAGCAGAUUCAGAAUGCACUGAGAACCCUUUCAGCUCUUCUCUGUUUUGACAAGACACUACAAGGAUGGUAUCAAUGUGUUUAAGUAUGUAAGCCCACAACAAUCAAGAGAUUUCAACAUAGUUUUGAAAGACGGAAGACAAGUGGAAGAGUGUGAAACUGAAGCAGUAGAACAGAGGAAAAGCAUCACCUAGAGUAUGCACAGGGAUCACCUGCAACUGAGGAGGAUUCUGACCCCACCUGAAGAAGCUUGGGCAGCUGGCCACAAUGGCUGGUAUAGAUCAGUCAGAUUUUCAUUUACUAGGUCAUCCCCAGAUGAAUUCUACUGUUAGUAGUCCAUGUAAAGAAGAAAAGAAGGCACUUGAAGAAGAAAAAUCAGAAUCAAAACUGGGUGCCCCAGGACAAAUGCAAAACAUCCAAGUUUCUAUUUGUAUGCAGUCAGCUUACAAUGAAGGAACACUAAUGAAGUUUCAGAAGAUUACAGGUGAUGCUAGGAUUCCUUUGCCUCUUGACUCCUUCCGUGUCCCAGUGUCUACUCAGGAGGCCUUAGAAACUUCCAAAGACAACCUGGGGGUCCCAGUCACAGAGCAGCAGCAGGAGUCUUUGAAGAUUUCAUUGUUAGAACAUGUUCUCGUUCAGCAGACAUCAUUUCUGGAACUGGAAGUCAAAGAAAAGAAGAGGAAUUAUCUAGAAAUAGCAGGUCUUCUUCAGAGAAAAUGAGCAAA